UAAUACAAUUUGGCAGAUCAAUAGACUUUUACUUUCAAAUAUUAUGACUCGAUAAUAUCGUAGAUAGUAUAUCGGAAGAUCCAUGAUUUAUAACCUAAAUAUCUUAAUGUUCUUGUGAAGGAUACAUCAGCUGAUCCUCUCAGCUGCUCAAGAUAGUGUGAACAUUGUUGACAGAAUGAUAUUUUUCAUAUAAUUAUGACAAUCGCUUAUAACUGAGAACGUAAAAUUUUAUUUCUCGAAUUUGGAUAAUUGAACGUCAAACAUGAAUUUAAUAAUUGGAAGAAUGUUCGAACGUUUGAAAAGUACAAAGUAUGUGCUUGAUAGGAAAGCACGCGUUUUACUUUUUGGUAGUAUGAAUACACAAGCUAGAUGUAAAAGUACGAUGACAAGACCUAAAAAUGUUAUAAUACAGAAUAAAUACCAACGAGAGGACAUGGACAUUGGACUUUAUGGAUAUAGCUUGUUGGCUGUACCCAUUGUUACUUUUGGACUUGGUACAUGGCAAAUCAAGAGGUGGCGGUGGAAGUUGAAUCUAAUAGACAAUCUGGAGAGACGUACCACAGCUGAGCCUAUCGAUCUACCAUUAGAUCUAUAUGAAUUAGAUGAUAAGGAAUACUAUCGUGUUAAGGCAAAGGGAAAGUUUAUAUAUGAAAAGGAAUUCCUGAUGGGACCUAGAAGCCUUAUCGUAGAUGGACAAGCAGUGAGUGAAAAAGGUGGUGGUGUAUUUUCUGGCAAAUCAAGCACAGGAUAUUAUGUGAUUACACCCUUCAAGCUAGAGGAUCGCGACUUGACUAUUAUGGUGAAUCGUGGAUGGAUCCCUAGAAAUGCACGUUCUACAUACAAACAGGAAAAUAAGAUUACAGACUCUAUGGAAAUCAUCGGCAUUAUUAGAGCCAAUGAAAAACGACCGCCAUUCAUACCUUCCAAUUCUCCCGCGAGUGGAGUCUGGCAUUUCAGAGAUUUAAAAGCGAUGGCGAAGGUGGCAGAAGCCGAGCCUGUGUAUAUAGAAUUAUCGGCUGGUUACGGCGUACCCAAUGGCCCGAUCGGCGGCCAGACGAGAGUAGUUUUAAGAAAUGAGCACAUAAGUUAUAUAAUCACUUGGUACGGACUAUCCGCCAGUACAGCAUAUAUUUGGUAUCGAUAUUUUAUACAGAAAUUGCAUGUCAUAUAGUCGCGUUUCUCACAGAGUGACAUGUUCCUCUAGUAUAUAUACACAUGAUGUAUAAAAAGAGUAUGGAAAUAUAAUUCUAGAUACUCUUCUACACGUA